UAAUCAUAUCACACGUCAUGAUGUUUCCCUUGGCCAGAUAUGCACUAAACCAUCUCAAGAUUCAAAGCAUUCGGCAAGUUGUGGCAAGACAGGGUCACACAAAGCCCUCAUCGGAUUUUCAUGACAAAUACGGCAAUAUGCUGCUAGUUAGUGGAUUCACUUUCUGUUUUGUUGGAUUUGUGUUUUAUAUAACACAGAUGGGUGUAGAAUGGAACCUGUCUCCUGUUGGUAGAGUUACCCCAAAAGAGUGGAAGAAUAAGUAAUGAUCUCAGAUGGCAUAAUGCAGAGUUGUCUCAAAACAAACUUGUCAUGGAAAUGCUUUGUUAAUUAAAUAUAGCAUAACAAAAGAAAUAAAAUUCAUUUGAAAGUUC